AUGAAGGUUAGAGCAUCAGCGACUAACGCAAACAUAUGGGCAACUAGCCAACUUCUCUCGAUAGUGGGCGGUACUUGUGAAGACGCAUGCGCAUCCCUCUCACUUCUGCUUCCCUUAAUACAUUCCUCUUUUUCUUUCUCUUUCUUUCUUAUCCUCGCUGAUUGUAAGCGGGCGACUGGUAGUUAAAAAAGCCUUCUGGCCAAAGACAGCUGUCACUCACCUAAAUAGCGUUUCGGCCUUUGGCCUCUGCCUGCGUUGCUUGCUGUCU